AUGGCGAAGAGCCCUGAUCCAUGCUCUCGCCAGCCCAAGGAGAAAGCUGCAACCAAUAACGAUGACUGUCUCAUAGGUCCGACUGCACCACCAGAUUUAAAAGGUUCUGAGAUGCAACAGAGAAAGACUCAGUUGCUCUCUUUGAUGGACGCAUUUGAGACCCCUUCGGGAGCGAAGACAGCGGCUGCUACAAAAUCUGCACCAGCACCAGGACCUACAGCUGUCGCACAAGUAGCUGCAAAAAAGCGCGACACCACGCCAGCUCCCCCCGUCAGUACAGCGGGUGCUCCUGCGACGACCACCAAGCCUCCUCUAGCAGGAGCUCCAAAUUCACAAGCGAUAAGCACCGCUAGGCUUAGUACUCCCAGACAGAUUAUGACCUCACCCAUGACACAAGAAAGUGAUCUAAUUGUUUCGCCCCUCCCACCCAGGACCGACAAAACAUUGCCAAGUUCCAAGCUAUCUUCCGGUGCAUCUCCCCAGAAACGCGCUACUAUAGCUCUUAUAUAUAAUUGUAAGUCUACAGAUAGCCAGACAAAUGGCAAACCAAAUCCCGCUCCAGCGCCACCUCCUAGUGGACCCGCUCCAGCGCCACCUCCUAGUGGACCCGCUAUCUCUAAAGCGGUUGGAACUUCACAACAGAAGCAGUCUCCAACAACUAAAGAAACUCCACCCCCUGUUGGUCAACAGGCACCUCGACGUAACGAUACAAGCUCUGGAACGUCCGAUUCAGGAACAGCAAGUGCAAAUACUUCAGAAAGAACGCAGGGUUCUGUAAGAGCUCCUUCACCAGCAAAAGCGAAGAGUGUAGAAGAAGGCGACAAAAACAGCAAUAGCAGCCACGAAAGCACCUCCACAACCAGAUCCGAAGAGUCAGAAGGAAAUCAUCGACGCAACGGAGAAAGCACUGAAGAACAUCAAACCAGCCGAGCCGAAGCAAUAAACUGUUUUUUCUUUUUCGCCACUUCCAACCUGUCAGUAGUGCUUUUCAAGGAACUGCUUACUCAGCUUUAA